AAAUUUUUCAUAGGAAUUGUAAAAUCUUGCGUGUAGGCAAGCACAUAAUUAGCGGCGUGGCCCUUGAAUGCGGAGUUCACUGACAGACAACUACCCCAUAAACAGGCAGGGAUGAGUAGUCCAAAAAAAUCCACCACGGUACCGCACGUUGUCAAAGAGGAGGUCAUUGCAAGUGGGAAAUGGGUAAAACUGGAGAAGACCACGUAUAUCGAUCCGUCAGGAAAUACAAGAACUUGGGAGACAGCAAAGAGAACAACUAGGCAGGCCAACACUACUGCAGAUGGUGUUGGAAUCAUUGCAAUACUGAAGAGGACCUUACACAAAGACUGUGUUGUCAUGGUGAAGCAGUUCAGGCCACCAAUGGGUUGCUACACUCUGGAAUUUCCAGCAGGUCUGAUUGAUGAUAAUGAGAGUGCAGAGACUGCUGCACUGAGAGAGCUGAAAGAGGAGACUGGUUACAAAGGGGAGGUGGUGGGAGUCACCCCAGUCACUUGUCUAGAUCCAGGCCUGUCCAACUGUACCACACAGAUCGUCAUGGUGAAUAUUAACGGAGAUGACAUUGAGAACAUCAAUCCCACCCAGCAGUUGGGUGAUGGAGAAUUUGUUGAAGUUAUUCUUCUACCUCUAGAUGAAUUUCAGCUGAAAAUUGAUGAGUUGUUGAAGAAGGAGAAGAUUGUGGUGGACUCUAAGGUGUAUAUUUAUGCCAUGGGGAUGUCUCAAGCCUUCUUCAAACCCCGUGAGCUGCCUGUGCUCAAGCAGUGAACCCGUCCACCCUGGAACAGCCCCUUCCUGUCUCUGUACAGGAGGCCCGGGACUGUGGGAAGGAAGCCGCUGGUUGACGUGAUGGCCAGAAUGAGUUCUUAUGUUGCUGUGACCCCCUUCCAAACAGACUUGAGGCCCUUAGUUAUUUCUUCAAUGGUUCGACCAUUCCUAAUACUAACUAACAGAAAUUAAUCCACUGUGAUCUUUUGUUUACUCAAACCUCAUAAUUAGGGGUACUGAUUCCAAAUGUGCCUCUCAGGUCCAGUUUUGACUAAAAGUCUCACCAGCAAAUGAGACUUUACUCGGUGUACACAUCUGAUUUUUUUUGAGGAUCUGUCUGUUCUCAGCAUCUCUUAACCGAUGUUUCUAGAGUUUUGAGGGAGGAUAUUCACCCUAAAGCUGCUCUCAUUAUUUUGAGCUGAUCUGGAUUCCAGCUAGAAUGGAUUGUGCUGGAAGCAGUUGCCUUUGUUUUGAAUUGUAUUAUUGCUGGCGAGGCACAAGGCCAGGGCACAUUCAUUCUGACCUUUAAUAUGUCCAUUCCCCCAAUGAACACCAUCUUUCUAGAUCAUUCCAUUUAGUGCCACACUGAUGCUGACAUUGAAACGGUUGUCUGAUAACUAGAUUGCAUUUUAUCUAAUAAAAAAGAUAUUCAUACUUCUGCUGACUGUUUAAUGUGCUUUUACAUCAUAAGUUAUAUU